CCCAACUGAUGACAAUGGCCGGUCAUUCCUUAACGUGUGCGAGAAACACCGGGGGACAAAAUAAUCUUCACUUGUUAUUCCACAUAGUGAUUACUUUGCCUCAGCACUAUGUUAGUCCACUAAAUUAGGAACCUAACUUAUGCCGUUCCUGCAAUACCCAAAUAAUCCUUUGGUAAAAGGCUCCUUACUCGAAUUUGUCCAACGUCUAGUUGGAGCUGACGCAGCGUCUGGUGUUACCCAGCCUGCGUGAUUUACUAGUUGGCGGUCUGUCGGAAAACAGUGCCUUCUACUCUGGUGGGCUGGCUAUUCCUUUUCUUAUCUGUAAGUUGCUGAGGGAGCAAUUGUUUCGAACAACCAGACCUUUUAUAUAAUGCUAGCGCGUGUCUCAAGUUGCUGUCAAUAUGCGGGCUGGCGAGGAAACCGAAACGAGCAUCACGCGGCCGCAAUACCCUGGGGAUGAUAUUCGGCCCACCAGCAGAAAGGAACUCGCCGGAUGGUAUAGCUAUGGCUGGGCAGCAGAGGUUUUUACGGUCUGCGCUAUGGGCUCCUUCCUCCCCAUUACCUUGGAGCAAAUGGCUCGCGACCGCGGUGUUCUUUUAUCCGAUAAGGUGACCCCCUGCAGUGCUACCUUGAAUGGUCCAUCGAAGACUUCCACACAAGCCCAGUGGACGCUUUCUUCAAGAUAUGAUGCCGGAGGACCAACAGUAGUAAACCAGUGUGUGGUCCACAUAUUCGGUGUCGAGAUAAAUACUGCAAGUUUCGCAAUGUAUACCUUCUCGGUGAGUGUCUUUAUUCAAGCCAUCUUGAUCAUAUCGAUGUCAGGAGCCGCAGACCAUGGAAGUCAUCGAAAGCUGCUUCUAGUGGCUUUCGCUGUGAUUGGCUCGGUCUCCACAAUGCUCUUUCUGGGCGUAGUGCCUAAGAUCUAUAUGGUGGGGGCAGUGAUUGCGAUAAUUGCAAACACCUGCUUUGGAGCCUCCUUUGUGCUUUUGAAUUCAUUCCUACCCUUGCUGGUACGCCAUCAUCCUUCUGUGCUUCAGGGUGUCCGCGAAACCCCACCUGCUUUGGAUGGUUCUCGCGCCCAAGAAGGUCAUUCUGAUACCACAAACGAUAUUGAUCAUGGCAUUGAAGAAAACGCUGAAGCGGACAUGCAUCCUGAAACUCCCAUUCCAGUUUCGCAAGAGCUGAAGCUAUCAACUCGGAUAUCUUCUUAUGGAAUUGGAAUUGGCUACAUAGGUGCCAUUAUCCUACAAACAGUCUGCAUCCUCGUCGUCAUCGGUACCAACCAAACUACCUUCUCCCUGCGUCUCGUACUGUUUCUAAUCGGGCUCUGGUGGUUUAUUUUUACAAUACCUGCCGCGCUCUGGCUGCGAUCUCGCCCAGGCCCACCAUUGACUACCACUCACCAAGGGAAGCACACCCGCUCUUGGGUCGGUUACAUGGCAUAUGCCUGGAAGUCGCUGUAUCGGACAGCAGUGCGGACACGUCAUCUCAAAGACAUCUUACUGUUUCUCGCCGCUUGGUUUCUUCUCAGUGAUGGAAUUGCCACCGUCAGUGGGACUGCGGUACUCUUUGCAAAGACACAACUCAAUAUGCAACCCGCAGCUUUGGGACUAAUCAAUGUGAUUGCAAUGGUGGCCGGUGUCUUGGGGGCGUUUUCUUGGAGUAGUGUUUCGCGAGUAUUCAAUCUCAGCGCGUCUCAAACAAUCAUUGCAUGCAUUCUCUUAUUCGAGCUAGUGCCUCUCUAUGGUCUUUUGGGGUUUAUUCCAGCAAUCAAGAGCCUCGGGUUUUUGGGCCUGCAGCAGCCGUGGGAGAUGUUCCCACUGGGAAUUGUUUAUGGGCUUGUCAUGGGCGGCCUAUCCUCUUACUGCCGCAGUUUCUUCGGAGAGUUGAUUCCUCCUGGCAACGAAGCAGCAUUCUAUGCGCUUUAUGCCAUUACUGACAAAGGGUCGAGCAUUUUUGGGCCUGCAAUUGUCGGCAUCAUCACCGAUCGCUACGGUGAAAUUCGGCCUGCAUUUUUGUUCCUUGCAAUUUUGAUAUUUCUCCCGUUGCCACUGAUGCUACUUGUGGAUGUUGAACGAGGGAAGAGAGAUGCGCUUGCUCUUGCUGCAGAAUUGCAGCCGUCAGGCGCUCAAAUCUACGGAACGCUUCCAGGAAACGAGGACCGCGCCCCGCCAAUGUGAGCUAUAGGUAUUUGUACUAUCGAUCUUCUAAGCGAUCAUUAGAGUUGCCCGGCAGAGCCAGGCUUGGAUGGAAGCCAAUUCGGUCAACUCUUAUUGGAACACGGCUAGCCCGUUGGCUAGGAGCUUGCUUCUUUCUCCUCUAUAAUCGUUGUCUCUGUCCCUUUUCUCUCGGACACGAUCGAGUACGCACUACCUUGAGAGUGUAAAUGACACAGUGAACUACAUAGCUCUACGAGCAAGCAACUCGAAGCUUUUUACUGCUAGAAAAGGGGAUGUUUCCACUUUUCAGCGCUUUUGGACGUGCCAUUAAUGCUACCAUACUCUCGGG